AUGCCACUUGAGGUGAAGUAUCGUUUCCCCGUCCUUCUUGGUGGAUCCCACCGCUGCCAUCAAUGUGACGUUGUCGUGCCAGCUCUCCUUCGUCAGGCUGGUUUGAUAGGUAGCGUGCCGCCUCGAUGGUGUCCAGUCCCCGCAGUGGUGGACCACAGCUCAAGUUAUCCUCAGUGGAAUAUCGCCGAUGGAAUCCUCGGUGGAACACCGCCGGUGGAAGGGACGAGUAUUAAAGAUGUCUUUGGCGCCUCUGGCUACAUCCAAAAGAGUAUUUGGCACCGAAUUCCUUGUCCGACGUUCCGCCCCACGGAAAGCUUAGAUGGUAUUAUCUGGUACAAGGGGUCCAGCGUAGACGACCCAUCAAAGGUGCGUCUGAUCAGCCGAGACCUGCGCAAGGGCGUCAACAAAGACUCGCCUGCCGACGAGAGGUACUCGAUGUCGUCCGAUCACGGACUUGUCAUUCAGGGAGUCAAGGACAGGGACGAGGGGAGUUUCCUUUGCCAGGUUAUUCCUCAAGCUACCGAUAUAAGGGUUGAGAGAGUACACGUCCAAGUCAUAGGCGAUACCUUUCCAGGAGGCAGUAGUCAGACAUCUUCCAAAGCUAGCUUCCAUCGAGGACGCAGACAGACGCUACCGUGUGAGUGCGCAUCACAGACUCCAGACGCGCCGAUCUCCGUAGUGUAUUGGUCAACAGGAGAAGGCGUCACUGCAGAUACACAGAUCAUUGGUGCACGUUUCUCUGAUGGCGCUACCCUGACGGUUGCACACGGUGCCGAUUACAGCAUUGGCAGCGACGUUUCCCUUCUAGUUAACUCCCUCCAUGAUGUACAAGACACACAGAGAUUCUGGUGUCACGUGUUCCUAUCAGAUGGUACUCUCAGAAAUUGCGACAUCGAUGUCCAGAUAUCAGAUCAAGAGCCACCCAAUCACGCCCUCAAGGCAUCUUCGGCAUCGUUCUACCUUCUUGAGGGUGGAGAGCAGACACUUCCAUGCUCGAGCUGGACCACCGGUGUCUCAACCUGUGAGCCUGUACAAUGGUUCAAGAACGAUACGUCAGGUCGACACCUUCUACUGUCUAGCAACGACGUCGAUGCUGAAUCGGAGUUCGAACUCGCAAGCGAUUUCGGCCUGAUCGUGAAAUCAGUUGAUAGCAAAGAUGCUGGAAGAUACCAAUGUGAUACAGGCGGAGGAAUCAGUGAAGAUAAUAUUGCAGUUAGAGUGAUAGAUAAGAAAUUCCCACUGGACGGAGGAAGGGUGUUUGCAAGCUCGAGAAUCGACUUCGAGGCUGGGAAAAAUUACACAUUCACUUGCAAAGCUGUAUUGAAUUCGGCUGAGAUCGGCAGUCCUGCAACUGUGUUCUGGUCUUUUGCCAAUCCUGACAAUCAAACGACCACUGUGAUCGGGAGGCUGAACCUACCA